AUGCUCACUAACCUCGGAAGGCAAGAUGAAGCCUUGCAAACUUAUCAAGAGUUACUAGAGCAGAAUUCGGAUAACUUGGAAUAUUACAAAGGGUACUUACGGAACAAGGGAAUUGAUCUCUCUGCCCAACUCACCGACGACUCACGUUCGAAAAUUCUUGAAACGCUCUCAACUUUCGCCGACUCUUUCCCUCGUUCAGCCGCUCCCCGUCGUCUAGCAUUGGACUACUCAUCAGGCGAUAAGUUUCGAGUCCUUGCCAAAGCAUACAUCGUCAAAGGCUUAGAACGAGGAGUGCCUUCUCUCUUCGUCGAUGUGAAAGGUGUAUACACGGAUAGUGAGAAGAUGAAAAUUGUCGGUGAUAUCGUUGAAGAAAUCGUAGCCAAGUUGGAGAAGGACGCUUCUUUGAAUGAUGAUGUGCUCCUCUGGGCAUACUAUUUCCUCGCGUUACAUUUAUCACAUCCAUCUCAACCCACCCCAUCACACAGCCGCUCGCUAUGCCUCCUUGACAAAGCUCUUGAGCACACACCUACACUUCCUGAACUGUACAUGGCCAAAGCCAUGGUACUAAAACGUGCUGGAGAUGUAUUGAACGCUGCGUACGAAAUGGAAAAAGCUAGAUUAUUGGAUGGACAAGAUCGUUUCUUGAAUGGAAAAGCCGCGAAAUACUGGUUACGAGCAGGUGAAAUACAGAAAGCUGAAGAGUUAUUAGCUAUGUUCACGAAAAAGGAUAUCUCCCCUACACAAGAUUUGACCGAUCUGCAAUGUUUGUGGUUCUUGCAAGAACAAGGGGAUGCGUAUAAGAGACAGGGUAAUUUAGCAAUGGCACUGAAGAGAUAUCACGGUUUGAUCAAUGUGAACUACGAAGAUGAUCAGUAUGAUUUCCACACUUACUGCAUGAGAAGAAUGACUUUUUCGUCUUACAUUUCUCUGAUGCGAUAUGAAGACCAACUCCGCUCUCACCCCGGAUACUUCAAGGGCGCACUAGCGGCUAUCGGAUUGUAUACCAAGAUAUUCGAUGAUCCAAGCAUAACCGAGGAAAAGUUUAGCGCAGAGGAAGAAGCAGAACGUAAGAAACAAGCCAAGAAGGCUCAGAAGGCAGAAGCGAAAGCUAAGAAGGCCGCCGCGACAUCAGGGGAGAAAUCCGAUCCACCUGUACCCGAUUCUGAUCCUACUGGAACUCAGCUACUGAAAACCGAAACUCCUCUGGACGAUGCGCUAAAACUUUGGAAACCAUUAGAGAGAUUAGCAGCCAACAGAGUGGAAACUUGGACAACGGGAUAUGAGAUAUUAAUUCGAAAGAAGCAAUAUCUCGCCGCUCUCAGAUGUCUCAAAACAGCUCAAUCACUCUCACCUCAUCCAGCAUUACAUUAUCAAAUCCUUCAUUUCAAUCGAAUAACCUCAUCUACCGAUAUUCCCGAAUCAGUCAGAUCGGUCAUCAAAGCCGAAUUACCUUCUCUUCUCCCUUCCCCCGCUGGGCAAUUCAGCGAUUCUUUCAUUAAUUCAGCCAAGUCUCCCGAAGAAAUAUACGCCGCUGCUAGAGGCGUAUUGGAAGUCACACCGGAAGAUGCACGAAAAGCCAAGGAGGUACUAUCUAAACUCGGUGAUGAAGGUGUUUCACCGAAUAUCUUAAUCAUGCAAAAAGCGUUGGAGCUCAUAGGGGAGAAGGAGUCUGCAGAAUUGAAGACCAAAUACGCAAAAAGAAGUCCUUCUGCUUGGUCACUGAGAACGUCAGAAGAGAAAGAAAAGUUGACAAAGGACUAUGUAGCUGGAAUAGAAGGCUAUCAAGGUGACAUUGACAAGAAAGAUUCGUAG